UAAAAACUUGCGCAGCUGAUUUUCCUUAGUCAAUAGGUAUUAUUAGCAUUUCUAUCUCUUCAUCACUCUCUUUCUUCUCUUCUCCUUUUCCCUCUUCAGAGCAAACCCUAGAUCUCUAACUUGUUUUUUCGUUGUUCUCCCUUCUCUCAAAUCCUUUAACAAUGGAGAGCCAUUUAAAUAUGUCCCUAGACGAUCUCAUCAAGAUGAACAAAUCUUCUUCCGGUCGUGGCGGCGGUGGCGGUGGCGGUGGCGGUGGUGGAAGAGGACGAGGUCGUUCCGGCGCUGCUCCUUCUAGAAGAUUCGCUAAUCGUACUGCUAAUCGGUCUACUCCGUAUUCUCUUCCUAUGUCUAAGGCGCCAGAAACGUUUUGGCAGCAUGAUAUGUUUGGUAAUCAAGGUGGAGCGUCUUCUCUUGAGACUGGAACUAAGCUUUACAUCUCUAAUUUGGAUUACGGUGUUUCUAAUGAAGAUAUCAAGGAGCUGUUUUCAGAGGUUGGUGAUCUGAAGCGAUUUUCUGUGCAUUAUGAUAGAAGCGGAAGAUCAAAGGGGACUGCGGAAGUUGUUUAUUCGCGGAGGGGAGAUGCCCUGGCUGCUGUCAAGAGGUAUAACAAUGUGGAGCUUGAUGGAAAGCCAAUGAAAAUCGAGAUUGUGGGGACAAAUGUUGCGUCUGCAGGAGCACUGCCUCCAGCUGCUAACGGAAUUGGUCGAAAUCCACUUGGUCCAAGAAGUGGACAAGGAAGAGGAGGUGCAAUGGGACGCCCACGUGGUGGCCGUGGUUUUGGCAGAGGCCGCGGCAGAGGAAGAGAUCGGGUUGAGAAGGUGGUAUCUGCAGAAGAUCUGGAUGCCGACUUGGACAAGUACCACUCAGAAUCAAUGCAGACAAACUAAAACAUCUCUAUGGUUUUCAUUUGUUCGCUUGGGUAUGAAACCCCUUGUGCCUGCAACUGUGCCUUUGAUGGCGUCAACUGUUUUAUUUGUUCCAAAUAUCUAAUUAGGCAAAGGUUUGUAGAUGGCAGUAGUUGCUAUUUGGUAAUGAAGCUUGGCCCUUGUAUCCUGCUUCGUUUGAUUGGGGGUAAACUUAGCAAUUAUGAACAGAUAUGAGUGUAUUAUUAUCCAGAUAUGUUGCCUUUGUACUUCCAUGUGUUAUAUCUUGGGAAAAUCGGAUCUUUUUGGCUGUUCAAACACAAUGGAUAGACGCCCUCGAGAUGA